AUGAUCUUCCUCUUUUUCUCCCGUGCCACCAUCACUCUCGGCAUGGCGGUUGACUCUCCCGUUUCCAUUUCCGAGGACAAAGAUCUUAAUUUCGAGGCGCUCCGGCUCCCCCAUUCCUUCGAUGCCUCCGAAUUCGUUCACACCUCCAACGUCGACGUUACCACCAAAGAACUCGACCUCAACGACUUGGAGAACGACGGCCCUGACAAUGACGACUCCGAGAACGCCGACUUCUCGCCCGCUCUCCAUCGCCGUGAUGAAGCCCCCCCGUUGCUCGUCUGCGAAACAAGUGACGCCUCUCCCUCGACAAAGGAUGUCUACGACCUCUCCGAUUGGAUGGUCAACGACAAGUUACAGGGAGAAUGGACCUGCAAGCAAAAGAACCCGGUCCGUUCCAGGUGCAACCGAGUCCAGUGGUCCGGCUAUGCAGAGGCUGCUCUCUGUGGCCGUCUUAACUUGGUAGUGAGCUGCAAGAUUUUGGGCCGGGGCGUCAGGGCUAUUGCCAACCAUUGUACUCACAAUGGGAGGGCGGGGGGGAGACUCAUAUACGAGAACAUAGGCGCUUCCCUCAUCGUGUAUAACAUACAGAGGCUCUAG